AUGGAGCUUUCGAUCGUUGUAACCGUCGGAUGCGAAAUUUGUGCUUUGGUAGGUUUUUUAAAAGUAAAACAGAUUUCACCUAUUGAUAUUCAUCGUCAGUUAAUCGAAGAUUAUGGGGAAAAGAGCAUAUCUAUUCAACAUGUUCGCAAAUGGUGUAGAGAAUUCAGUGAGGGCAGAACGAAUAUUCAUGAUAAAGAUCGGACCGGAAGGCUUUCAGUUUCAGACGAAAAAGUCAAACGAAUAUUGCUUGAAGAUCAGAAGUUUACCCUUAACGACCUUGCUUUGCAUAUUCCUGAGAUUUCUCACACCACAAUUCAUGUCCAGUGGUGUGGGGCUUCUCCAUGA